GGACUGAGACAGGAAGAAAGACCUCUGCUAUUUGGCCCCUGAAAACCAAGAGGUGGACUGAGACAGGAAGAAGGACCUCUGCUAUUUGGCCUCUGAAAACCAAGAGGUGGACGGAGACAUGAAGAAGGACCUCUAAUAUUUGGCCUCUGAAAACCAAGAGGCGGACUGAGACAGGAAGAAGGACCUCUGCUAUUUGGCCUCUGAAAACCAAGAGCAAACAAUACUCAGUAAAAAGUCCUCUUUAUUCUGCAAGUAGACUGAGACAGGAAGGACCUCCAUAAUUUUGCCUCAAAAAACACCAAGAGGUACAGGGAGAAAGACUACCGAAAUUGGGCCUGAGAAAACGCCAUCAGGUUAUAGUCUCACCUUCUAUUCCAUGUGCAUUAAAAUAAAAUGGACUGGGACAGGAAGAAGGACAUCCGCAACUUGGCCUCAGAAAACACCACAAGGUGGAAUGGUACAGGAAAAGCAACCGCCGAAAUCGGGCCUCGGGAAAAUACCAUAAGCUUUUCAUUCUGCAGGUGGAAUGAGAGGGAAAACUGCCUUAAUUGGGCGUCAGAAAAGACGAUGAGCUCUUCAUUCUGCAAGUGGAGUGAUAGGGAGAACGACUGCCGAAAGGCUUCAGAAAACGCCAUCAGGUGGACUCGGACAGAAAAAAAGGACCUUCUAAAUUCGGCCUCACGAAACACCAAGAGUCUGCAGGUGGACUCUGACAGAAAAAAAAAUGACCUAAAUUCGGCCUCCCGAAACACCAAGAGGUCCCUGCAGGUGGACAGGAAAAAAGGAGCUCCUAAAUUUGGCCUCAUGAAACACCAGGAGGUACUCUUUAUUCUGCAGGUGGACUGGGACAGGAAAAAAGGAGCUCCUAAAUUUGGCCUCACGAAACACCAAGAGGUACUCUUUAUUCUGCAGGUGGACUGGGACAGAAAAGGACCUUCUAAAUUCGGCCUUACGAAACACCAAGAGGUGGACUCGGACAGGAACGACCUCCUAAAUUUGGCCUCAGAAAAACCAAUAGGUGGAAUGAGAGGGAAAACGACUGCAUUGGGCGUCAGAAAAGACGACGAGAUGGAAUUCGAGAGGAAGAACGGCCUCCGAAAUUUGGCGGCAGCAAACUCUGUCAAAAGGGCGACUGUGGUACUACGAGAACCCAGUCUCGGGUUUUCGUCAUGGACGAGAAUUUGACCGCGGAAGACUCCAAAAUUUCAUGUCGGGUGUCAAUUCGAUCGUUAUUCAGCUGCAUUUAAUGUGCGAUUAAACUUUGUGUCUCUGA